UCAAUUAAUGUGAAAGUCAAUCCUUUUAGACUCAAUGGAACAUCAGCUUGCACCUCUUCUUUCUGAAAUACCUCCGACAGUGCCAAUUAUCAAUGGAGAUCCCAUAUACCCUAUGGAGAGUUGCUUUCUGGAACCCAACGCCAUGGCAGCAUAUUCUAAUUUUUCACAGACCACGACUCAGCCUAAAAUAUAUAACACCUGGCCUUCUUGUCCCCAAUACUUGGCUCAAAUUGUAUUCGUUCAAGUUAACCCUGGAGAGGUCCUUACCAUAAAAGCCGAUGAUGGGUCCAUUCAGCAUGUUCAAGGACCUGCAGAUGUACCUCUGAUAGCACCAACCGGUAGUUUUCCACCAAUAUACCUUCCGCCUGGUUACGGAUCUCAGGUGGUGGAAGAAAAUGGAAUUCAAAAAAUGAUCAUUGUGCCUCCGACACCAGAUUAUCCCAUGCCCCUGCCUGCUCCUGUGCAACCACUGCCGCCCUUCAUAACACCAGCACAGUUCACAUACCCACAGGCCUCUCAACUGGUGUAUCCCCCAGUUCAAGGGGAAUUUCCAGUCACUUACAUCCAAGACCCUGUUCCACAGCAGAUGCCACCACCCGCACCACUACCUCCACCACCACUACUACCAGCACCAGCAACAUUUAUAUACCAGGAGCAUCUUGAAACCUAUCCUCAUGGAAGAGUAAAUCAUAACCAAUUUGAUGAAAGGACUGUUAAAAUGGGAGACUAUUCAAAGAAGAAACUGAGAGAUCGCCAAUUUGGUGAACAUAAGACUAGCUCCAUGUUCAAUGACACUCCUUUGCUUCCGAACAAAGCCAUUGACAUGCCCAGUACUUCUAGUACUCUUUGUGCUUACACUGUGGAUACUGCUCCAGGCACUCACACUGACACUGACAAUAACACUUCAAACACUUGCUCUCUGAAUACUUGCACUAUUGACGAUACUCCAAAAACCAUUGCUGACAGUCUUCCAGACAGUAACACUACUGACAAAAUCACUAGCUCCUCUGAUCAUGCCCCUAGCACGUCUACCUCAAACACUGCUUUUUGUGCUGACACCAUUACUAGUGCUUCAGACCCUUCCAGAAUUAGUCAUGAUUCAGUCACCUCUGAUGGAACUCAAAAAUCAUCAACUCCUGAUAGUACUCCAAGUGGUAGUUCCGAGAGUGCUCCCAUCUCUGAAAAUGCUCAUAUGCCCUCUUCAGUUAAUAAUGCUCUCAGACCUUCUGGUGCUGACAGCAUUUCCAACAACACCGGAGCUUAUACUGAAAAUGAUCAUGGAAAGAGAGAGAAUAAUAUGAGAGGUGGAGACGAUAAGCAGAUAUCAGGUGGAAAACAAAAGAAGACUCUGUCGUCAAAUGCAGCACUAAAAGAAAACAGUACAGAAUACAGAACACAGUCAUGCUGUUUCAACAUUGAAAAACCUGUGGUUUCUAGUAUCCAAACACGAUCUGCUACUAUUUCAUGGACUCUGAACAGUACUGGAAAAUGUGAUCAUAUUAAUUCUCCUGUGACAUUUGAAUUGGCGCUGUCUAGCAAUGGUAAAAAUGGAACCUAUAAAAACAUUUAUAAUGGUGGCGAAGUUACUGUGGCCCUACAAGAUCUACAGCCCUGCACAAUCUACUUUGUAAGAGUUACAACCAUAAGAAAUGCACAACACAGAAGCGUGUCUGAAGUGGUUAGCUUCACAACACCUGGCUGUGAACCAGACCCUCCACUUGCACCCAAACUAAUUAGCAGAACCAAGAACAGCCUGAAUCUACAUUGGAAAGGUUCCAAUGAUAAUGGUUCCAAAAUAAGCAGCUUUCUUUUGGAAUGGGAUGAGGGUAAAGGUGAAGAGUUCAAAAGUUGCUACAGUGGUCCCAUGAAACAGCACAAGAUCUUUAAACUGACUGCUUCUACAAAGUAUUCAUUCAGAUUAGCUGCCAAAAAUAACUUCGGCGUCAGUAAUUUCAGUGAAAUAGCAGUCUUCUAUACAUCAGGAAACACACCUCCAGCACCGCUGCCACCUAAGUUGAAAGAAGCAGGAGUCCACAGUUUGUCGCUAGAAUGGUGUGCCCCAACAAACCCAAACCCAAAUGACACUCUUACUUAUGUGCUAGAGAUGGAGGAACCAAGAUCUGGAUUGGGUUUCAAACCUAAAUACAAUGGAGAAGACCUCUCCUGCACCGUAAGAAAUCUUCAGAGAAAUACUGCAUACAAGUUUCGGAUUUUUGCCUACAAUCUGGAAGGAAGAAGCAGCCCCAGUGGAGAAGUAAAAUAUUCUACUUGUCCAGCCAAGCCUGGAUACCCUAAAAAACCAUAUGUAGUGGGAGCAAUUCAUGCACGCCAAGUAAAAAUUGGAUGGGACUCCCCCAAAGAUAAUGGUGGAGUGCACAUUUCAAGCUACAGUUUAGAAGCCAGUGAAAAUUCAGAUGGUGCAAAUCUCUGGAAGCUAAUCUACAAUGGCACUCUGCAGGAAUUCCUGUAUGAUAACCUCAAACCAGGCACCACAUAUAAACUGAGAGUCUUUUGCACUUCACCUGUAGGCCAAAGCCAGCCUUCGGAUGUAUUGACAAUUCAGACACCUACUCUACCUCCUGAGUCUUGUCGUCCACCGCCCUCAAAUGGUAAAAACAAGUGCAAGGACACCAGCCUUCCUGCAAACAAUCGUUCUGUUAAUGGGAACUUGGAAACAGUUGUGCGUGGCAAAAAAUCCAGAGGUGCCCGGAAUGACAGAAAGGAGUACCCUGGCUCUGAAAAGAAGUGUGCACUUGGAUCUCAUGCAAUGAAGUGUGGAACUGUACCAGCCCGGCACCCUCCUUCUCAGUGUGGUACACCUGUGCUAACCUGCAAGGGGCCAACCUGUGUUAUUGUCAGUUGGGAAACUCCUAAAUGCAAUGGUGCUGAAAUCACUGAUUACCGACUGCAGUGGGGACAAACUGAAGAUUCCAUGCAUUUGAUUUACACUGGCCCUUGUUUGCGCUAUGAAGUUAAAGGUCUUACUCCGGCAACCACGUAUUUUUGCAGAGUCCAGGCUGUAAAUAUAGUUGGGGUUGGAAUGUUUGGAGGAACUGGAAAAGUAGCUACACCAGGAACUGUACCUGCCAUAGUUCCAAUGUUACAAGAAGUUGAAGACAAAGUGCCUGCCAAAUUGUCGUCAACUUGCAUCGCUAUCCAAUGGGAAGAGCCAGACUGCCAUGGCUCUCCAAUCACUGGAUAUAACAUCGAAUAUGGAGAUAAAAAAAUCUUGACUGUUGAUAGAGUAACAGAGUAUGUUCUGAAAAAUCUACAGCCUAACACUACAUACAGAAUCAGAAUUCAAGCUAUGAAUCAUUACGGACUAAGCCCUUUUAGCCCACCAAUAAGAAGCAAAACUAAACCACUGCCACCAGCGCCUCCACAGCUUGCUUGUGGGAUCUGUGGACACCAGAGUCUCAGACUCAAAUGGGGCAAUGCUUCAAGCAAAAAAUCACUUGCCAACUUUAUAACCUACAAAUUAUUAAUGGAAGAUCGAUCUGGCAGAUUUACUGUCAUUUACAAUGGGCCUGAUCUGACUCACAAAGUGCAAAAAUUGAGUGAAUAUACACAAUACAAGUUUAAAAUCCAGGCAUGUAAUGAAGCUGGUGAGGGACCACUGUCUGAUGUCUACACUUUCACUACAACAAAGACCCCACCUGCUGCACUUAAAGCACCUAGAUUUCACCCCCUGAAUAACAACAGUUGUGAAAUCAAAUGGGAUUCCUUGGAGCCAGUUAAAGGUGAUCCCAUUGUUUACUGUCUUCAAGUCAUGAAUGGGAAGAAAGCCGAGCAGAUUUACAAAGGACCGAACACUACCUUUUCCUUUUCCAACUAUCUUGCAAAUUCAAGAUAUCGCUUCAAGGUCUGUGCAGGACGCCAGUAUGAAAAUUCUGAUGGCGUGCAAGAGCUCUGGGGACCGUAUAGCCCCAGCGCGGUUCUGUCAACUUACAAGCAUCAGUCCGGGCAUGGCAGAGGCAGUGGGGGUAAAGGCAGAGGCAACCACAACGACAAAGAUGAGAAGUACAAGACAGAGAUGAGCGAUGAUACCUUUGUUCUCACCCUUCUCAUAGGGUUUGCACUUAUUGCCAUCUUGUGUGCUGUCGCAAUUCAGUACUUCCUGAUCAACUAGCCUGUUCUUUUAGGAAGUAGGAAAGCGUAUUACAUGAAAUUAGAAAACCUUAGAUAUAGCUUAACUCAUACUUAAGUAUAAAACUUAUUGGUAGAAACUAAUAAUGGCAAAAAAAAAAGGCCUUGCCUUAAUACUUAAAAACUUUCAAUGUGACAGUACAAGAGAUUUUUUAAGGAAAUAGGUGUACAUUGAAUUCCAUCAUUUUGUUAACGAAACAUUACAUUGUUAUGCAAAACUAAGACCUUUUUGUUGAAACUAUUUCCUGUCUUAACUUUUCAAGUCAAUCUUUUUCAAACUUUCUGGUACUAUGAGAUAAACAACAUUGUUCUGGAAUUUUAUUUGGAAGAAAAUGAGAAAAAAAAUUCACUUCUACAUGUCCAGUUAACAUCCCUAUGAAGAAAUAAAAGUUUCUACCAAA